AGAAGAAGAAGAAGAAAGAAAAAGAAAAAGCAGCAUCUCUUACACCUCCUCAGUCCUCAGUUCUCGCUUUGCCUAUUUAUAUAAAGCAAUUUGCUACUACUUUGGGCUGCUUACACAACUUCCCUGUCCACAACAAUGGCUUCAGAGAAGGUUGAAACUGUAAUUGCAGGGAAUUAUGUAGAAAUGGAAAGGGAUGAACAGGGCAAUUCUAGCUCUGCUAAGAGCAAAUUUUCCAAGCUGCUUUGGCAUGGUGGUUCUGUCUAUGAUGCAUGGUUCAGCUGUUCUUCUAACCAGGUUGCACAAGUGCUGCUUACUCUGCCAUACUCAUUUUCCCAACUGGGAAUGUUAUCUGGGAUUAUAUUCCAGCUUUUCUAUGGCUUGAUGGGAAGCUGGACUGCUUAUCUCAUUUGUGUUCUAUACAUUGAGUAUAGGACUAGAAAAGAGAGGGAAAAAGUCGAUUUUCGAAACCAUGUAAUCCAGUGGUUUGAAGUUCUUGAUGGUCUACUGGGAAAGCACUGGAGAAAUAUUGGCCUAUUUUUCAAUUGCACAUUUCUACUAUUUGGAUCUGUAAUCCAGCUAAUUGCUUGUGCCAGCAAUAUCUACUACAUCAAUGAUAAUCUUGACAAAAGAACUUGGACCUACAUCUUUGGAGCCUGUUGUGCCACAACAGUGUUCAUUCCUUCAUUCCACAACUACAGAAUUUGGUCAUUUUUAGGCCUUCUCAUGACAACUUACACAGCAUGGUAUCUCACCAUUGCUUCUUUUAUCCAUGGACAGGUUGAAGGAGUGAAGCAUUCAGGGCCAACCAAAAUGGUUCUCUACUUUACUGGAGCGACAAACAUUCUUUACACCUUUGGGGGCCAUGCUGUAACAGUAGAGAUAAUGCAUGCAAUGUGGAAGCCACAGAAGUUCAAGCUUAUAUAUUUGGGGGCAACAAUAUAUGUUCUAACCUUGACAUUACCAUCAGCAAGUGCUGUGUAUUGGGCUUUUGGAGACAUGCUUCUUAACCAUUCCAAUGCCCUGUCUUUGCUUCCUAGAACUGGGUUCAGAGACACUGCAGUUGUGCUCAUGCUCAUUCAUCAGGUGCAACAAAUUUAG